AGCGCCAUGAAUGAAUCCGCCAUUUCCCUUAGAAGCGCCAGCUUCUCAUGGCCCUCUGGUGAACGAGCGCUGAGUGACGUGAGCAUGGACCUCCCACAAGGAUGUCGAUCAAUCGUAGUAGGUGCCAACGGGGCAGGAAAGACGUGCUUGCUUCGAAUCGUUGGUGGCAUGUAUCAUUACGAAGGAAGUGUCAAGGUUUUUGGAAAGGAGGCAUACGUGCCAAACAGACUUGGCAACAGUGGAUCUGUUGAAAUCAUCUGUGGGACCAACAUCUGGCGUCAAGGAGAAUGCACUAUUGUUGGUGAGAGGUGGCAGCCAAGGGGGGACUGCAGUGUCAGGAGCAUGCUGGACCUGUUAUCGGACUGGGACCGUGACAGGAUGCAGAUGAUCGUGGAUAAGUUUCAUAUCGACUUGAACUGGCGUGUGAACCAGCUCAGUGAUGGAAAGAAGCGCAGAGUUCAACUCCUGCUUGCUUUCUUGAAACCUUCUGCAAUCCUCCUCUUGGAUGAGGUGACUACCGAUCUUGACGUGCUGGCAAGACAGAGUUUGCUUCAGUUUCUCCAGGAAGAAAACGAGAAAAGAUCGGUGACUAUCCUGUUCUCAACUCAUAUCUUUGAUGGGCUUGAGGAGUGGGGGACCCACGUGACCUAUAUCAAACAUGGGACGCUGUGCUUCAACAAACCAAUGGAUCAGAUCGAAGAGCUCGCCGUCCUUAGACAGCAGGAGUAUUUGACCCCGCUGUUUGAGUUCGUCUGUCGGAGGGUUCAUGAAGACGCUGCGGAGUAUAGAAGGAAGCGUGCUGAGCCGAGAGAACAGUGCUUGACGGGACCUGUAGAAGUGAACUAG